AUGCCGUUGACCAAUUCGCCGCCCCCGCAUCCCCGGGUUGGGGAGCGUUCCCGCGAAGAAGGCCGAGAGAGGAAGCUGCUGCACUUCAUCUACGGCCAACCGAACCUUGACGACAUCAGAGGACACCCGCAGAAGGUGCUCGACCUGAUCGACGAAUUCGAGAACGAAUACCACCUGAUGACCGUCGGCGUGCCCAAGGGCAAGAUCGUCACGGAGCUGAUCGAUGAACUCAAGCCAAAGACGAUGAUCGAGCUUGGCUGCUACGUGGGCUACUCGGCGAUCCUGUUUGGCGCGGCCGUGCGGCGCAACGGGGGCGAGCGCUACCUGAGUCUGGAGCUGAACCCCGAAUGGGCGGCUAUUGCUAACAUGCUGAUUGAGCUGGCCGGUCUGCGCGACUUUGUGCAGGUGAUCGUGGGCCGGAGUGACCUGUCGCUGGAUAAGUUGUACAAGAGCGGCGACGUCACCAAAAUCGAGCUGCUCUUCAUAGACCACUACAAGCCAGCCUACACCACCGAUGUGAAGCUAUGCGAGCACCAUGGAAUGAUCGUUCCAGGCUCUGUGCUCGCCGCGGACAAUGUCCUCUAUCCGGGCAACCCGCCGUACCUGGAAUACGUCCGCAGCACCGUCGAGCAGAAGCGGGAGGCGGCGAAGAAAGGGCCCAUCCAGGGGUACAACGUGGAGGGCAUGCGCGAGCGCACUGUCAACUCGUUCAUGCCCGAGGGUGACGCGCCUGUCUUCGAGGUGGUGGGGAAUCCCAAUCUCGUGUACCAGAGCGAGCUCCGGCAACCCGAAGGCAACCGGGAUGCCAUUGAGGUCACACAAUGCGUGGGAGUGCAGGAAGCAUAG